AGAGAGAGUCUGUUGGUGCGUCCUCGCUUUGACCAUUCAGUCUUCUUCUCGUGUCAAACAUGCAGGUUGUUGGUGGUAGAAAAUCAUUUUGGAUUUACCCUCUACUACUUUCCUUUCAACAUUUUUGGGGAAGACUAUCAGCCUCCACGUCCCCUCCCAGUCUUCCAGCUCCUAAUCUUGACAUCCACCUGAGGACCGAGGGAUCAGUGGUAUUGGUCUGCAGGGCCUCGCAGGGCCACCGAGGGGUCCUCUUCAUGCUGUACAGAUACAGAGAUAUGGUGGACUCUUGGGGGGUGCAGUCAGGCGCUGAGGAGGUACAGUUCACUGUGAGGGUGCAGGGCGGAGAUUCAGGCCGACUUGAGCUCUUCUGCUGUCUGUACAAAGACCAGGCCGGUCGAUACAGUGCCUUCAGUCCCUAUUUGCAGCUGGAGUCCCAAACGGAGCACCAUAAUCUCUCCAGGAGAAAGCCAACAACAAUCCUGACUCCUACGCAGCCCGGGCCGACAAAUUUCUUGCCGCUGCCCACCCUUGUUCUGCAGCAGCAGACAGACGUGUGGCAUUUGCUCUGCAGAGGCUCUCCUGCGUACCCCGGUGGUCUGUUCUCCCUCUACCUGGCUGAUCAAGAACUCCCUGUUGCCGUUCAACGUGCCAACUUGAUUCACCAUCAGGUCACCUUCCCUGUGCCGGUCCAGGACACUCCACUGGUUUUAUACCAGUGCCAGUACAGCGUCCUACUUGGAAAAAAAUGGAGCAACUCUGAACGGAGCCUCCCAUUGGCUGUCUCAAGAGGACUUCCCCCUCCAUCAUCAGAUUUACCCCGUGUGGACUGGCCUCUUGUUCUGGGCUCUUUCUCUGCUGUGGUUUUGUUUCUCUGUUCGCUGGCACUUGUGGUUGUUGUGGCACACAGGAAAGUAAAAGCAGCAGCAGAAGAAAAGAAAAAAAGAGAGGAAGCACAGUUUUGGACUCAAGUUCAUUCUAAGGAUCAUGUUGUUGACCUGACCCUCAGACGUAGAAGCUUCACCUCUCAGGAAUGGGCCAGUGCUGACAGGACUACAGAGGGCGGCUCCAGAUCUCCUUUAUGGAACUCAAUGUCUACAUUCACGAGCCCAAUCCAUUAGAUCCAUUAGAAAAGUUUGUUCUCUCUCUCUCUCUCUCUCUCUCUCUCUGUCUCUCUGUGUGACUCUCUCUCUCUCUCUCUCUCUCUCUCUCUCUCUCCCUCUCUGUUUAUCUGUGUAGCAUCAGUCAGAGUUACACAGCAGGACAGGAAAGGAAAGGUUAUUUCCUCAUGUUUCUAUUUCAUGUGUAGCAGUAAAACUGUACUGUUGUACCAGAUCUGAUGUUUGUUUGAUCUUACAUGUUUCUGAGCUAGUGAAUAUAAAUACAGAAUAUUAUUAUUAUUAUAAAAAUGUGACUGUCUUUUUUUUAACAAUAUGUUUUAAUUUAGAUAGAACAAGAUGACAAGAAAAACCUUUAGGUAGAGUUGCAUAUAUCAUAUAUAAAACUGUAUUGUGGGCUCAUGUUUUUUUGUAUGGGUGGGAUAUGUAUGUAUAUAUGUGUUGUGUUGUGUGUUUGUAUGUAUAUAUGUGUUGUGUUGUGUGUUUGUAUGUAUGCUGGCUGCUGGAACACCUAAAUUUCCCUGUUGGGAUGAAUAAAGUAUAUCUGAUCUUAUCUUAUGUAUCUUAUCUUUAGGUUAUUUAAUGUGAUCAUCACCUUAUUUGUAAUAUAAUUGAAUGCAUGAAAUGUGUGGACACGGUGUGUGAAUGCUUUGUCAUAAACUCCACUUG